AGCUCAUUGGCUUUUUUAAAUUAGGAAGCCCGCAUUCUGUCUGCAUACUUGAAAGCUUCAGAGUCCGAGCUGUCAGCUGGUGAUGAGGAAUUAAUGUGUGUGCGUGCAAUAUUGUUGUUGUUGCCGUCGUCAUUGUGACAGACAGCUUUAUAAUACCUUGUGCUACUGUGACUUUUCUUUGACACGGGCUGUGUGGCAUUCUUAAAAGGGUCAGGACCAUACGCAAGCCGCAUCUCUUGAUCACCCAAGUUUGCUCCUACCUUGAGUAUAUACCUGAGGCUUACGAGGAGGAGAUUUCAGAGCUUACGAACGCGGAGGAGAGAGUGUGAGGCAAACCAACUUGGUCAUCGUCCAUCACCAUCAUUCAUCCUCUCAAACCCACCACGGUCCCGUCCAUCAUCACCUCCACCUCACAGCCAAGAUGGUGCACGUAGCAUUGGACCCAGCCUAUGGCUAUGGCAUUGUCUUAGGACUGGGGGCUCUUUUUGCCUUGGGUAUGAUCCUCGUCACCUUCGUCCUGCGAAGGUACAACAGCGAGCUGCAGACAUCCGAGAUGUUCAACACAGCCGGCCGUACGGUCAAGUCAGGCCUCGUCGGGAGUGCCGUGGUCUCCUCCUGGACCUGGGCAGCGACUCUUCUCCAGUCCACCGGUGUCUGUUACCGAUACGGCGUCUCUGGCCCCUUCUGGUACGCCUCGGGCGCCACGGUGCAGAUUCUCCUGUUCGCGACGCUGGCCAUCGAGCUCAAGCGGAGGGCGCCCAACGCCCACACCUUCCUCGAGGUCAUCAAGGCGCGGUUCGGCACCCUGCCUCAUCUCGUCUUCAUGGUCUUUGGCCUCGUGACCAAUAUCCUUGUGUCCCUCAUGUUGAUUGUCGGUGGGUCUGCGACUGUCAACGCCUUGACGGGCAUGAAUGAGAUUGCUGCCAUUUAUCUGUUGCCAGUGGGUGUCGUGGCUUAUACCAUGGUCGGUGGUCUCAAGGCGACCAUCUUGACGGACUGGAUCCACACAUUCAUCCUCUUGAUCAUCAUCAUUAUCUUUUCCCUGACGGCCUACGCGUCCUCGGAUGUCCUGGGAUCCCCUGGCGCUGUCUAUGACCUCCUGGUCACAGCCGCACUCAAGCAUCCCGUCGAUGGCAACAAGGACGGCAGCUACUUGACCAUGCGCUCCAAGGAGGGAGCCAUCUUCUUUGUUAUUAACAUUGUUGGAAACUUUGGCACCGUGUUCCUGGAUAAUGGAUACUACAAUAAGGCUAUUGCAGCAUCGCCAGUACAUGCCCUCCCAGGUUACAUCCUCGGUGGUCUGUCGUGGUUUGCCAUCCCAUGGCUAACAGCUACGACAAUGGGCUUGUCUGCACUGGCUCUCGAGUCGAACCCGCGAUUCCCAACCUAUCCAGACCGCAUGUCCGACGCUGAUGUGUCUGCUGGCCUCGUUCUUCCCUAUGCUGCCGUUGCUCUUCUCGGCAAAGGCGGCGCCAUCGCGACUCUGCUCAUCAUCUUCAUGGCCGUCACCUCGGCUACCUCUUCGGAACUGAUUGCUGUCUCGUCCAUCUUCACUUAUGAUCUGUACCGUACAUAUUUCAAGCCGGAUGCGUCGGGCAACCGUCUGAUCUGGAUGAGCCAUUGCAUUGUCGUCGGCUACGCUGUCUUCAUAGCCAGCUUCUCGGUCGGCCUGUUCUAUGCAGGUAUCUCGAUGGGCUACCUCUACCUCAUGAUGGGCGUCAUUAUCUCAUCGGCUGUACUCCCUGCUACGCUGACCCUUACCUGGGCUGGUCUCAACAAGUGGGCUGCCGCCCUCUCCCCCAUCUUCGGCCUGGCCUUCGCCCUGAUCGCCUGGCUCGUCACCGCCAAGAAGACGUGCGGCAGCCUCGACGUGACCUGCACCGGCUCCAACGACCCCAUGCUGGCCGGGAACGUCGUCGCCCUGCUCUCCCCCCUGGUCCUCAUCCCCAUCUUCACGCUCCUCUUCGGCCUCGACCACUACGACUGGAAGUCCAUGAUGAGCAUCCGCCAGGGCGACGACCACGAGCUGGCGGCCGCUGCGGACCUGGACCUGGAGGAGGUCAACAGCGGGCAUGCGCAGGCUCCUGAUGACUUUGAGGCGGAGCAGAAGAAGCUGCUGCGGGCGGGAAGGAUCAGCAAGACCAUGACGGUGGUUAUGACCCUUGCUUUCCUGGUGCUCUGGCCUAUGCCAAUGUAUGGCAGCGGAUACAUCUUCAGCAAGAAAUUCUUCACUGGCUGGGUCGUCGUCGGCAUCAUCUGGAUCUUCUGCUCCCUGUUCGCAGUCGGCCUGUUCCCCGUGUUCGAGGGGCGUAAGACCCUCGUCAACACCGCAAAGCUGAUCUACCUCGACGUGACCGAGGUUCAAGUCUACAAAUAA